AUGGGGCUACCACCUUUCAGUUCCCAGAAUUGUACAGCAAUCGGCAGCAUGCACCCUCAGCCGGGAAAAGCUGCAAGCAUUGUACUCCAAUGCUUGAGAGCAACCACGUGGGCUACACCCAACAGAGCCAUGAGGGCAAAGCUGCCCAAGGUCUUUGGAGAACGCCCCUCACAACAGUGUGCCCAGCAUAUGGGAAACAGUGUCAAGAAUUAUUUUGGAGCUUUAAGAUUGAAUUUACCCGCAAUGUUAGAGGUGCGGUCUAAAAUACAAAGAUUUCGGGCCCUGAGCCCGUGGGGCUGUGCGGAUGGUAGGGAUGCCGACCCUACCGAGGAGGAGAUGGCAGAAACAGAGAGAAACGACGAGGAGCAGUUCGAAUGCCAGGAACUGCUCGAGUGCCAGGUGCAGGCGGGGGCCCCCGAGGAGGAGGAGGAGGAUGCGGGCCUAGUGGCCGAGGCCGAGGCCGGGGCUGCCGGCUGGAUGCUCGAUUUCCUCUGCCUCUCUCUUUGCCGAACUUUCCGCGGUGGCCACUCCGAGGACUUCCGCAGGACCCGCAACAGUGCAGAGGCUAUUAUCCAUGGACUAUCCAGUCUAACAGCUUACCAGUUGAGAACGAUAUACAUAUGUCAGUUUUUGACAAGAAUUGCAGCAGGAAAAACCCUUGAUGCACAGUUUGAAAAUGAUGAACGAAUUACACCCUUGGAAUCAGCCCUGAUGAUUUGGGGUUCAAUUGAAAAGGAACAUGACAAACUUCAUGAAGAAAUACAGAAUUUAAUUAAAAUUCAGGCUAGCUGUAUGGAAAAUGGCAACUUUAAAGAAGCAGAAGAAGUCUUUGAAAGAAUAUUUGGUGAUCCAAAUUCUUAUAUGCCUUUCAAAAGCAAAUUGCUUAUGAUAAUCUCUCAGAAAGAUACAUUUCAUUCCUUUUUUCAACACUUUAGCUACAACCACAUGAUGGAGACAAUUAAGAGUUAUGUGAAUUAUGUGCUAAGUGAAAAAUCAUCAACCUUUCUAAUGAAGGCAGCAGCAAAAGUAGUAGAAAGCAAAAGGACAAGAACAGUAACUUCUCAAGAUAAACCUAAUGGUAAUGAUGUUGAAAUGGAAACUGAAGCUAAUUUGGAUACAAGAAAAACUGUUAGUGACAAACAGUCUGCGGUAACUGAAUCCUCAGAGGGUACAGUAUCCUUAUCGAGGUCUCACAAGAAUCUUUUCUUAUCUAAGAUGCAACAUGGAGCCGAGCAACAAGACCUUAAUAAGAAAGAAAGAAGAAUAGGAAUUCUUCAAAGUACAAAAAAGAAUAAAGAAAGCAGAAAAGCCACUGAAAGCAGAAUACCUGUUUCAAAGAGUCAACCGGUAACUCCUGAAAAACAUCGAGCUAGAAAAAGACAGGCAUGGCUUUGGGAAGAAGACAAGAAUUUGAGAUCUGGCAUGAGGAAAUAUGGAGAGGGAAACUGGUCUAAAAUACUGUUGCAUUAUAAAUUCAACAACUGGACAAGUGUCAUGUUAAAAGACAGAUGGAGGACCAUGAAGAAAGUAAAACUGAUUUGCUCAGACAGCAAAGGCUGAUUGUGUUUGUAAAAGCUUGAUGAAAGGACAGUUAAGUAUUUUGAUCACUGCAUUUUGUUUGAAACUUGUGUCAUUGAUGUAAUUUAAGACUUUUGUUUAAAGCAUUACAGUAUUUUUCUGUGACCAUCAAUUAAUAUGAGGGUUUGUGCUAUAACGGUUAAAGCAUAUGCUAUCAUUGUAUUCUUUAAGAACCUUAUUUUGAUAAAAUGUAAAUUUGUUGAACCCUGCCACAUUUAGUAUCCCCACCCCCAAAUCCUGUUCCAAUGAAAAAAUUAAAACCUGAUACGAAA